AUGGCUGGAUACGGUGAACGUGUAUUUAUAUCAGAACACUCACCCCAAAAGCAAGAGCUUCUUGUGCAUGAAGAUCCGGCUUUUACGGCAGGGCCAGGGCCGGAUAGCCUGGAACGACAAAUACAUAUUGCAAGAGAGGAAUGCAAGCAACUAUAUAACCAAAUUAAUCUGGUGAAGAGCAAGAUACAGGAUGCAGAUCUACAAUCGAUGUCGAGGAACAUUGCUCGCAUCACUGAGGUAAACUUAAAGCCCACUACCACACUUAAAGGACAUAACAAUAAAGUGACAGAUUUUAAGUGGAGUUCUGACUCCAAAUCUAUAUUAAGCGCUAGUCAGGAUGGGUUCAUGUUGUUGUGGGAUGCUGCAACUGGGUUGAAGCGGAACGCUAUACCAUUGAACUCACAGUGGGUUUUGACAUGCGCAUUAUGUCCAAAUGGAAAUCUGGCUGCCAGUGCAGGUUUGGAUAAUAACUGUACCAUUUACAGGAUCUCUCAACAGGAAAGGGUAGUUCAGAAUAUUGUUUCAAUAUUUAAAGGUCACACAUGUUAUAUUUCAGACGUGGAGUUUCUAGAUGAUAAAUCCAUUGUGUCAGCGAGUGGAGACAUGACUUGUGCUCUUUGGGAUAUUACUAAAAGCAAGCGUAUUAGCGAGUUUGCAGACCAUCUCGGCGAUGUCUUAAGUAUAUCGGUUCCAAGAAAUAAUGGUGAGAAUGAAGGAAAUAUUUUCGCUAGUGGAGGGUCUGACGGGUACCUAUACAUUUGGGAUAAAAGAUCUCAGACAAGCAUGCAAAGUUUCUUUGUCAGCGACAGUGACCUCACUAAAAUCAAAUUCUUCAAAAAUGGUGAUACUAUAGCUGCAGGGUCAGAUGAUGGUUGGACCCGAUUAUACGAUCUGAGAAGUGACUGCCAAAUUGCUCAAUACUCUCUUGCAGAGGGUCUACAGAAUUCUAGCAAUCCUCAAUAUCAAACUUUCCUGAAUCCAGCCUCAGACUAUAAUGGCGGCCCUAGCGGCUUUGCAACUGGAAGCCCCUAUUCUCCAGCAUCGUAUACCAUGGAUGCGGGCUUUAUGGACAAUCAAGGUGUGAUCUCUCUAGAUUUUAGCCACUCAGGUCGGUUGAUGUACACAUCUUAUACAGAUUAUGGAUGUGCCAUAUGGGAUCUCCUUAAAGGUGAGAUAGUUGGAAGGCUUGCCAGUCAUUCAAACAGAAUCUCGGGCGUAUCGACGAGUCCGGACGGACUAGCAGUGUGUACAGGCUCAUGGGACAUGACAAUGAAAAUUUGGUCUGCAGCAUAUAUCUAA